UUUACCUGGCUGAGUGGAAAGCGUCGGAAAAGCCGCCUCAGUCCACUAGCUUUCUAGAACGAAGAGAGCGACUGUCCCACCCCACGUAUACGUAAUACGCGCACCUUACGUAUACGCAACGUACUCGUAAUGCUUUGCCACCGAGAGUGUCAACAAAUAUUGGAAAAUGCACAAAGGAGUGCAGGAGUCAAGCUGUUGGACUUUCGUUUGGCCAGGGACCUCAGUGCGAUCGGCUAUCUGGGGGAUUACUACGCACUGACGCUGAGGUACCGCCAAGAGGAGGAGGAAUCCAUCAGGGAAAUGGAACUCUUUGUAAAGGCUAUGCCCCAGCAAAGUGCGGAACUGGCCAAAGAGAGUAUUUUCCAAAAGGAGUCCUGGCUGUACGACACUCUCCUAAGGAAACUGCAAGUCCUUUCCAACGUAAAAUGGAGUCCUGAUUGCGUUUACAGUCGAAAGGACCUAAUGGUCCUGGAGCACAUUAAGCUCAAGGGUUUCCGAGCAGCUGGAUCCGCAGAACUUAGCAAGGAGUUCAUGAAACAAUUAAUUAAGUCAGUUGCCGCAUUUCAUUCAGCCAGUUUGGUCUACGAACAUCAGACUAAAACCAAUAUAGGCCAGACCUACGGUGAUAACUUGUUAGAGAUCACUGUAGCCUCUGAGAUUGCCUGGUUCACCACAGGACUAUCUGCUGUUCUAGCUGUCGUCCGAAGUCUUUCCCAGUAUCAGGGAAACAGGGAGCAAUCCUUCAUCGAUACCAAACUGUUGGCCAUAAUGGAGAGAAUCUACGAGCAGGCGGCACCCUCGACCAAGUACAGGAAUGUCCUUUGCCAUCGAGAUCUCUGGGCUGGUAACAUUUUCUUUCCGCCGGAAAAUUCUGGGCCGGCCUUACUGAUUGAUUUUCAGACAUGUCGUUACGCUCCCCCAGCUUCAGACCUCAACUUUUGUCUUUAUAUGAACUUGAGCUCAAGCAAACGCAAGCAAAUGGAGAGCAAAGCCAUUGAUUUGUACCACAGACAUUUGUUGAAGAACCUCUCGGACUUCGGCCUUGAGGAACUAGCAAUCUCGAAGUCAGAGCUGCUGGAAUCCUACGAAGAAUUCCGUUUAUUUGGAGUGGUCUACAGGGCUGUUGCUGCUACGAUCGUAAAGGUGCCCGCCGAUUUCGUAACCAAUGACUUCAAGUAUGUGGACCGCAGUAAGGUGAUCCUCUCGCACAUGAAAACAAAUCCGGAAUUCGCUACCUACAUGGAGGAGUGCUGUGUGGAUGUCAUGGAAAUGGCCUUGGCCAGGGCGAACGUGUGAGGAAGGCUCUUUGAGCGAUACUACUGAUAAGGUAGAGUUCCACAAGUUCGCUGUGGUGAUAACACUAUUGUAAAAAUACGAAAAAUAUAACC